AUGGAAUCUAAAUCUAUUUCUACUCAAGUUUCUCGACCUCUUUUAAAUUCUAAAAAGUCCAAGUCCACUUCUUAUCAGAGCAUAGACAAUCAUGAAAUACUUGAGGAGGAAUCUUUGUCCCAAUGGGAAAUGAUUAAGUUGACGCUUUGCAUGGCUGGUCUACAAUUCGCAUGGACUGUUGAAUUUUCUUAUGGAACACCGUAUUUGGUAUCAUUAGGACUAUCACCGGAGCUUAUAGCUCUUGUCUGGUUUGCGGGUCCACUAUCUGGCUUUGUAGUGCAACCACUUGUCGGUGCAUUUAGUGACAAAUGCACCUCUAGAAUAGGUCGCCGAAGACCAUUCAUUCUUAUUGGAGGGUUAUUAGUUUGUUUAUCCAUGGUCUCUAUCGCUUAUUCAAAGGAAUGGGCUGCGCGUUUUCUUGGCAAAAAAACAACAGUUAAAAACGUUGCGAUUAUUAUCGCAGUCAUUGGAUUUUAUUUUUUGGAUUUUUCUUUAAAUGCUGUUCAAGCUUCCAUACGUGCUUUAAUUCUUGACAUUCCUCCUGUUUAUCAGCAAGAAACUGGUAAUGCAUGGGCCGGUAGAAUGUUACAUAUUGGAAAUAUUGCUGGAUAUUUCACCGGGUUUUUGGAUUUAUUAGCUUUGUUUCCGUUCUUAGGAGAUAGUCAACUCAAAGUUUUAUGUAUAGUCGCAUGUAUAGUGUUUACACUAUCAUUGCUUUACACAUGCUUAAAUGUCAAAGAAAAAGUAUAUGAACCUGUAGAUGAUGAUUCAAGCUCGAGUUGGAUAGCUUCAGUAUACGCAAGAACCCAUUCAAUUGAUGAUCCUGAUUUCUUUGAAAAAUCAACUCGUUAUGGAUCAUUUGCGUUGUUAAUGUAUUCAUGGAUAUCUUUUUUGGCCGGUUCUAUUAUUCCACACUUUACUCCAACCUCUCCUUCGAGCAAAAACCCUUUCACCAUUUACAACAUUUAUACAAUCUCUCACAUUUUAUUUGCUUUGAUAGCAUGGAGUACUUCCUUUGUAAAUAAUGUUGAACAAUCAAUCUUACUUAUUGGUAGUUUUGGUAUUCCAUGGGCAAUUUCAAUGUGGAUACCAUUUGCAUUGGUUGGUGAAUACGUAGGGCAAGAAGAUGAACGAGAAAUACAAGAAAACACUGAUGUUAGACCAUUAACAAACAAUGAUGAAGAAGAAGCUUGUAUGAGUUUAGAUCUCACUCCAACUUCAUCAUCUGCAGCUACUACUUUGCAUAAUGAAGAGGAAAAGUUUGCUGCAGGGAUGAUAUUGGGUGUACAUAAUUUAUAUAUUGUAUUACCUCAAUUAGUUGUAUCUUUAACCAGUUCUGUAAUUAUUAAGCUGGUAAAUGAUAUUUCUGGUGUAGAUAAUAAUGAUGCAUUUGGUUGGGUGUUUAGAUUUGGUGGUGCAAUGGCUAUAAUUGCUGCGAUAUUGUCGCGAUAUCUCGAUAAAUUACAU